CUUGAGGACGACAUCACCAACUCACAGGAGGCUGAUUUUUGUAGAAACGUUUCUCAAAAAAGCCUUCAACAUCACAAACAUGUCUAAAGCUGGUGAGGGACUGAACCUUGUGCUUAUGGGGAAGAAUGGUGUGGGGAAGAGCUCGUGUGGAAACACCAUCCUGGGAAAGCAAGUCUUCCAGACCCGUCCACCCUCCUCCCCUGAACCCGUAACUCUGAAACCACAAAUUGCCCGAGGAGUGGCUGGUGGCACAAAUGUGGUCAUCAUGGACACCCCAGACCUGUUUGGUUCCCAGGUUUGCCAAGAGGAGUUACAGAAACAGAUGGUUUCCAUCAUCACCCAGACAACUCCAGGGCCUUGUGUGUUCCUACUGGUGUUGUCCCCAGCUGAUGUUUGUCGCAACUUUGAAGAGACACUUGCGGCUAUUAGGGCAACUUUUGGAGAAAAAGCAGCAGAAUCCUCCCUUGCUAUUAUCACACAUGGUGACCGCAAGGAGACAGCUGCAGAGAACUUCCCAGAGGCAAUUAGGCCAAAAGUGCACAUUUUCGACAACACAAAACAACAAGACAGCCAGCAAGUUCAACGCCUUAUGUCUGAAAUGGACAGACUAGUAGAGAAAACGAAUGGUUUCUAUCUUAGGCAGAUUCUCAAAACUCCACCACCUGUUAAGACUAAACCUCGAACAAAGUUUGUGUAUUUGUCUGAACAUACAGCCGGGCAAAAGCAAAUACAGGAUCUUGAAAGUGUGGAGACACCUCCUCGGUUUUCAUCAAAACUCAACACAUGGCUUGAAAGAGAGAAAAAACAUACAGUGGACUGUGUGAGGCUGGUCCUGAUUGGGAAGACUGGAGUUGGAAAGAGUGCUACAGGAAACAGCAUCCUCGGGAAGAAGGAAUUCAAGUCCUCUGCCUUGAUGGGGUCUGUCACCACAAAAUGUAAGAGAAGGUCAGCAGUAGUUGGUUCAAGAAUGGUGCAGGUCAUUGACACCCCAGGUCUGUUUGACACAUCUGUCCCAAAUGAGAACAUUAGAGAGGAGAUUGGGAAGUGCAUCACCAUGUCCUCACCAGGACCCCAUGUGUUCCUGCUUCUCAUCUCCGUGGGACGCUUCACCCAAGAGGAGAGAGAGACAGUGAAGAUGAUCCAGGAGAUCUUUGGAGAGUACUCAAAGGCGUACACAAUGGUGGGCUUCACUAGAGGAGAGGCACUGAAGGAAGAGGGCAUUGCCAUGAAGACUUACAUUGAAAAAAGCCCAGCUGCUUUAAAGGAGCUCAUGAAGGACUGUAGUGGUCGUUAUCAUGUCUUCUGUAACAAGGACAAAGACACUCGGGAACAACAGGUCUUAUCUCUCCUGGAAAAGACUGACAGAAUGAUUCAACAAAAUGGAGGAAGCUUCUACACCACUUCCAUGUUUGAGGAGACAGAGGCGAAGAUCAGAGGAAGAGAGAUGAGACUGCUACAGCAGAGAAUGGAAGAACUGGAGCAUGCAAAUGAAGACAAAGACGUCUCUUUCUUGGUCAGUGAAUUGUCCAAGAUCAAGCUGGCACUGGAGAAGAAGCUCAGGAACCUGCGUGAUGACGCUGUCAAGGAGAGGGACGAAGACAUGAAGAAACUCGAAGAAUUGCGAGCCGACCUGGAGAAGAACCACGAGAAGAAGAUCAAGGAAAUAGAUGGCAAAAUUUUCACUGACCUCGCCAGAAGUCGUGAUAGCAUUCGCAGGCAAGCAGAGAAAGCUGAAGCGAAAGCCAUGGCUAAGGCCUUACAGCACAACCAGCAAAAAUGCACUAUAUCUUAAGAAUAGUCUGGAAGGGCCCCAGCCGUGGCGCGACUGGCUGGGGCACCUCUCUCCCAGUCACUUCCUGUCUCUCUCUGUACUAUCCUAUCUGAUUAAAGGCAUAAAAGCCUAAAAAAUAUAAUUGAAAAAAAGGAGCACUCAUUAUUUGUGAGGAAAUGUGAUAUAGGAUAAUAUAAUAUAAAUUAGUGGGGAAUUCUCUAUUUCUGUUUGUUCACAACCACUUUGCCUCUCUCUCUCUCUCUUUCUCUCUCUCUCUCUCUCUCUCUCUCUCUCUCUCUCUCUCUCUCUAUCCCCAUCUCACUGACACACCCUGUGUCUCCCCUGUUCAUUAUGUUGUUAUUGAUGGGUAUGUGGGAAAAUAACCUGUAAGGGUGUUGAGAUACUGGGCUAAUAAUAAUGUACAGUAGCAUGUUAGAUGCAAAACUUUGUGUGCUGCAAGUACAACAUUCACCCCAUAAUGCUUUGGCUGUGCGCGGGACGGUGGUGUUCAUUUGUGUUGCUCUUUAUUUAAGGAUGUUAUUUUAUUUUAUUUGAAUGUGUUCAAUCAAACAACACAGUGAAGAGAGUGGGAAAGAGAGACAGGUUGCAGGAAUUGACCCAGAUUUGACUCAAAGCCUGUUCCCCAUGGGCGCUUAAGCCCACUGGACACUGUAGACACCUGGGCCACAGCGCCUCCCUGUAUUGCUCUUUUAAGGUGUUCUGUCUGGGCCUGAACUGAACCCACAAGCUUAUAGGACUUCAGAAUGGGAGUGUUAGCAAGACAACUAAAACCCAUGUGUGCUACUAAGCUGGCAUUUAGGGUAUCUGUUGUUACCUCAUGUCAUGUGAGUGUGUCACAUACUGUAUCUUAGCUCUGCGUUGUGUUAGACGCCUCCAAAACCAUAACAUGUGUACAUCCUUGCUUUAUUGCAUUUUAAAGCCAAUAAGCAUUAUCCAUAUACUGUACGUAUCAUAAAUGGGUAAUCCCUCUUUGGUACAAAAUCCCAAAUAUUAAAAAAUGGAUUUGUAUGGUCUACCUUUAUUGAAUUGCUACUUUUGAAUA